UACAUUUGUGGAUAUCUUCAACAAAUAAUCACCACCACCACUCCACAUCUGUGCCUUUUUUCUGCUGGUGCUGUUCGCGUGCCCGUCCCUUGCCUCUCCCACCACCACCAAACCCACCCCCAGCCAACCUCCAGCCAUGCCUAAGGAGAUCAAGGAGAUCAAGGAGUUCCUCAUGACCGCGCGCCGCAAGGACGCGAAGACCGUCAAGAUCAUGAAGACCAAGGGCUACGUCAAGUUCAAGGUCCGCUGCAGCCGGUACUUGUACACCCUCAAAGUCACAGACCAAGACAAGGCAGACAAGCUGAGGCAAUCGCUUCCUCCUGGCCUCAUCCAGACGGACCUCUAAGUGCAAGGCCCUUGUUGUUGGUGGAUGUUGCGCGUUGUCUUGUCUCCUUCCCCUCCUCACCCUUGUCUUGUUGUUCCUCUGUGUGCGUCGCGUGGUGCACUGGUGCGGCUGAGAGCAGUACACCGUUGUGCCCGCCACCACCAUUCUUGAACGGAGAGGCAGAAGGAGUAAAGGGGGUCAGAGAGGAUGACACCAACGAAGAGACACUCCACACCAAAG